AUGAUGGAGAAGGUCGGGGUGGAGAGAUUCAGUGUGAUGGGGACGAGCUACGGUGGCUGUGUGGCGUACCACUUGGCGAAGAUGUGGCCGGAGAGAAUAGAGAAAGUGGUGAUUGCUAGCUCUAGGGUUAAUAUGAGGAGAGGAGAUCACGAGGCACUUUUGAAGAGGGCAAAGUUGGAAAAGAUUGAAGAUUUCAUAUUGCCUUCCACAGCGGCUCAGCUCAACAAGUUACUCAACCUCGCCAUGGCCCGGCAGCUCGACAUCAUUCCUGACUUUUUCUUAAGUGACAUAAUACAGAUUUCCCUAAAUGGGAAGCUAUUUCAGCUUGUCACAGUGGCAGGAGCUGGAGCUGCAGGCUUUGAUAUUCAGGGUAUUAGGGAAAAACUGCCAUGGAUCUGGAACUGA